UCUCUAUCUCUCUCUCUUUUUUUUUUUUUUUUUACAGCUUAAGAUUUGUGCUGCCAUUUGAAGAGUACAGAACCGGGGGAUUUCACUUCUCUCACAGGAACAUCUGGACAGUACACCACUUGAAAUGGAGACUUCUAUGCCUGAAUACUAUGAAGUUUUUGGUGAUUUCCAUGGAGUUUUAAUGGACAAACUGUUCACCAAAUAUUGGGAAGACGUUGAAACAUUCUCAGCAAGGCCAGAUGACCUUCUCAUUGUUACUUAUCCUAAAUCUGGCACCACAUGGAUUGGUGAAAUUGUGGAUAUGAUCUAUAAAGAAGGUGAUGUGGAAAAAUGCAAGGAGGAUGCAAUUUUUAACAGAAUACCUUUCCUGGAGUGCAGAUAUGAAGAUCUAAUAAAUGGAAUAAAACAACUAAAGGAAAAGGAAUCGCCUAGAAUAGUGAAAACUCACCUGCCAGUUAAGCUCCUUCCAGCAUCAUUUUGGGAAAAGAAUUGCAAGAUAAUCUAUCUUUGCCGAAACGCCAAAGAUGUCGUCGUUUCUUAUUACUACUUUUUCCUGAUCAUAAAAAAUUAUCCAAAUCCUAAAUCUUUUUCUGAAUUUGUGGAGAAAUUUAUGGAAGGGCAAGUUCCGUAUGGUUCCUGGUAUGAUCAUGUAAAAUCUUGGUGGGAAAAGAGUAAGAAUUCACGUGUUUUGUUUAUGUUCUAUGAGGACAUGAAAGAGGAUAUCCGAAGAGAAGUUGUGAAGCUGAUAGAGUUCCUGGAGAGAGAGCCAUCAGCAGAGCUAAUAGAUAAAAUCAUUCAACAUACGUCAUUCCAGGAGAUGAAGAACAAUCCAUGCACCAAUUAUUCAAUGCUGCCAGAGUUCAUGAUAGAUCUAAAAGUAUCGCCUUUCAUGAGAAAGGGAAUUGUAGGAGACUGGAAGAACCACUUUCCGGAAGCCCUGAGGGAGAGAUUUGAGGAGCACUACCAGCAGCAGAUGAAGGACUGCCCUGUGAAGUUUAGAGCAGAGCUCUGAGACACUUCCUUGUGUCUGAAAUUGGAGUAGUCUUCAAUUUAUCCUUCAGUUUUUCUUGUUUUGAAUUCAGUAGAAGUAGAAGUCUUUUGAAGACUGACUGUUUAAAUUCAUUUUGUUUUUUUAAUCUAACUUUUAUAUCAAUCUAAUUUCUUAAUGUUUUGAUGGCAAAAUCACGUUUUUCAUAUAUAUAUAUAUAGAUAUAUGUAAAUAUAUCUAUAUAUAUAUAUCUCACAAGCAUUGUCCUCUAAUAGUGUUCAAAGAUUUCUAAUAAAAA